AUGCCGACCCAGUGCUGGGGAUGUGCUUCACGGCGCAGCUUCCUGUGCGCUUGCCCUUGGCUUGGCGUGGAGAGCACCAAGGCGUUUGGGCGUCGCCUCGAAGGUUGGACCGCUUCCCCUUCCGCUCUCCAUCUGCCCGGAUUGUCGAGUCCAAAGCCCUUGCGCUUCGUCAAAAUCUCUUCUGCGGAGUUUGCCGCGCGAUAUCCCUGUCAGACAUCCGAGUUAGCGGGCUCAGCUAUCGAGGCUAUGCGUCCAAUUAGCAUGGCCCUGAAUGAUCUGCUCCAUGGAAAGCCCCAGUCCAUCCUUGGCGGCUGUCUCCACGUACGGAUCAACUCAACCCACACUGACCUUCGUAGCCAGCAUAGUCGGUUAUGCCGAUAUGGACGUAGCCCAGAAGAUGAGCAGCUCCUCUAUUGGCAAGCCGCGGCUGAUCUUGUCAGCCUCUUCUAG